AUGUCAACGCCAUGCACAACUGGUACACCAACCAGCAGAACUCUUGCAUUCAGUGUUGUCCCCAUGGCUAUAAUGGUGGAUGGACAUAGUUGGUCCUCUACCACCGAGUCCCGGAAAGGUUCAAAGGUCACAAAUAUUUUUGAAGAUUUGGAAAUCAAAAGGAUUACAUCUUCACUGUACCAUCCAAGUGCUAACGGACAAGCGGAAUCAACAAAUAAGAUGAUUAUCCAGAACUUUAAAAAGAAGCUUGAGGAUGUUAAAGGCAAGUGGCCCGAAGAGCUACCGGGUGUGCUAUGGGCGUACCAGACAACGGCAAAAUUGAGCAUAGGACAAUCACUUUUCUCUCUCGUGUAUGGUGCAAAGCUCUGA